AUGCAUUUCACAAUUAUUCUUGCUUCGGUUUCAUUUAUUUUUGCUGAAACAACUACAACUGAGGUUUCAAUUUUUUUUUAAAUUCUUUUGUUCAAAAAAUUAAAUCCACUGUUUGUUCAGACAUCUUUGGUACCAGUUGUUCGUAGAUGGAAAAGACAUUGUGGAAAUCAGGGAUGUGCUCCAACAGUUUGUCAAGAAUGCCCACAAUGUUGUGGAGCCCCACAACUUCCACCAUAUAAUCCAACCUUUAAUAUUAACUUUGUAUGUUUUAAUCAGUUUUGCUUUUCUCAAUUCAAUACAUUUCAGAGCUGUUGCGGAGCUCCAAGACCUUCACCACAAUGUUGUCCAGCUAUGCCACCCCCACAACCAAAACCAGCUGUAUCUUGUUGUGGCGCUUCACCAGUUCCAUCCCCAUGCUGUCCACAACCACAACCUCCAACAGCUCUCAUUUGUUGUAAGCAAGCUCCAGUUCCAGAAAACCCAUGUUGUCAAGCGAUUGCUCAAGCUCCAGCACCAAAGCCAGCCGUCUCACCGUGUUGUGCAGCUGCACCAAGUCCAGCUAACCCUUGCUGUCAACCAGUUCAACCAGCGCCGUGCACAUGUUCUGCACCAAGACCGGUUCCCUGUAGAUGCGCUUCGAUUCAAAUCCCGUUCGAAUGCCCAAAUUGUGAUGAACCUGCUCCAAGGUAAGCUUACUGAUAGGGAAAUAUAAUUAUUUUUAAUUAUCCUCAUUUUUCAGAUGUUCAAUGUAUGCUCCAAUGGGAUGCUCGAUGAGAAGAAUGAGACGCGAUGUUCAUGAACAAAUUUUGCAACACAUUUUAUAA